AUGGCCGACAUCCCAACACAUCUCCUGACGGCAUCCCUGCUCGUCAACAACAUGCACUGCCCGUCGUGCAUCGACACCAUCCGCGCCGCCCUCACCAAUGUCCCCUCCGUGCACAACCUCACCGUCUCCCUCCUCCUCCACCGGAUAACCUUCAACGUCGACUCGAAGCGCUCAGCCUCCGUCAUCGAGCACGUCAAGCGCAUCCUGCGCACCGAGGGCUUCAGCGUCGCGACGCCAGAUGAGCCAGAGGAGCCAGAGAGCGACGAGCUCCCGACCGGGUUCCUGGGCCGGCUGGUGGGGAAGCGGCGUGAAGUGCGCGCCGAGAAGCGCGAAGAGGCCCGGCGGCGACAGCACCUCGAGCACUGCGAGCAGUGCCGCGCGGAAGCCCUCGGUGUCAGCGAAAAGAAGGACGCGGGCACACUGAAAACGACACUGUCGAUCGAGGGCAUGACGUGCGGCAGUUGCAGCGCCGGCAUCGCGAGUGCGCUCGAGGCAAACCCCCUCGUUCUUGACGGCAACAUUAGCGUACUCACCUCGUCCGGUGUGAUCACUCAUAAAGCGGGGAUUACAGGCGACGAGCUCGUCGAUCUCGUCGAGGAACUGGGCUAUGGCGCCAAGGUCAUCGAGAGCGUCCCCGAGGCGCCAGCUGGCGGAGACAAGCUCGUCACGACCACCUACUCGAUCGAGGGCAUGACCUGCGCGUCGUGCACGUCCAGCAUUGAAGCGGGGCUGAAAGACGUCGACGGCAUCGAAAAGGUCGACAUCAACCUGCUCAACUCGCAGGGCACCGUGACGCACCGCGCGAGCCUCUCCGACGUGUCAAUCAAGGAACUCAUCGAGGACAUUGGCUUCGGCGCCGAGGUCGUGCGCACCCAGGACGCAGAGGACGGCGAGCGCUCCGUCACGAUCCGUGUCGAUGGCGUGUUUUGCGGAAACUGCAUCACGCAGCUGAACGCGCACCUCGCGACGCUCAAGGAUGUGCGCUACACUGCCUUCACGAUGAAGAACCCCCAGACGACCAUCACCUACACCCCCCGCGAGCCCUACACUGUGCGCGAGCUCGUGCGCGGGCUCGCCGGCGUCGCGCCCGAGUUUGACGCCGAGGUCGUCCGUCCCGCCUCGGUCAGUGAGCGCAGCCAGGCGAUCCAGCGGAGAGAGGUCAAGGUGCUCGCAGCGCACCUCGUUGCCGCCGUCAUCCUCGCCAUCCCGACCUUCAUCAUCGCCAUUGUCUCCAUGGUCAUGCUCAAGAUGGACCAUCCCUUCCGGCGUUUCUGGGACACGGCAGUGUGGGGAGGCGCGAACCGGGGCACAAUCGUGCUAUGGGCGCUCGCCACGGUGGUACAGUUUGGUAUCGGCCGCUUCUUCUAUGUGCGCGCAUACCAUGGCCUCGCGCCGCAUGUGCGCUCCCUGCUGGCCAAGUUCCACCUCUGCUCCUCGCCCCGGCCCUGGACGUGGCGCAGCAUGGUCAGCUUUGGAAGCAUGGACCUCCUCGUCGCGCUCAGCACGACGGUGAGCUACUUUGCCAGCGUGGCCAUGCUCGCCAUCGACGUUCGGCACCCCGGCCGCAUGAGCAUCGGGUCGUACUUUGACGCGUCGGUGUUCGUCAUCAUGUUUAUUCUGCUUGGACGCACACUCGAGGCGUACGCCAAGGCCAAAACGACGGAUGCGGUGGCGCUCCUUGGUGCGUUGAGGCCGGCGACUGCUUGGCUGGUCGAGGACGAAAAGGCCGAGGCGCGCGAGAUCCCCGUCGACCUGGUCGAGCGCGGCGACAUUCUGCUGGUUCACCCCGGCGCGCUCCCGCCCGCCGACGGCGUCGUCGUCCACGGCACGAGCUCCUUUGACGAGUCGAGUCUGACCGGCGAGGCUGUCCCGGUGGCCAAGGCAGAGGGCGAUGAGGUGUACACGGGCACGACAAACCUGAGCUCAGCCGUGCAGAUCUCCGUCACCGGUCUCGGUGGCGACACGAUGCUGGACCGAAUCAUCGCGGCCGUGAGCCGUGCGUCGAAAGCACCCCUCGAGAAGGCGGCCGAGACGCUCACCGGCGUCUUUGUCCCUGUCAUCUGUUACUUCUCCAUCUUCGUUCUCGCGCUCUGGCUCGGACUCACGUACGGCGGCGUGGUUGACCCGCACAACCAGGCUGGACGGGCCUUCUUCGCGAUCGAGUUCUGCGUCGCUGUUCUUGUCGUCGCCUGUCCCUGCGGUAUCGGACUUGCGGUUCCCUGCGCCAACGCAGUCGGUACGGGUCUUGCAGCCAAGGUUGGUAUUCUUGCUGGAGGCGGGGAGGCGUUCACGGGCAUCACCAAGGUUACGACCGUCGCCCUCGACAAGACCGGCACCCUGACGCAGGGCAAACCGGCCGUUGUCGCUGAACUGCUCCUCGCCGAGGACAAGGAGGUGCCCCUCGCCACGCGCGCGCUCGAAGCGACCAGCACGCACCCCCUCGCCGUCGGACUCACCGAGCACCUGUCUUCCCUCGAGGGAAGCGUCGAGAUCGCGUCGUCCGAGGAGAUUGCCGGCCGCGGUCUGACCGCCAAAACUGGCACUGGGCUCGAGCUCGCAAUCGGUAACGACAAGCUGAUGGCGGACCACGACGUCGACCUGGCCGAUGUCACGCCGAUGCUGGAGGACUGGGGUGCGGCCGCCCGCUCGGUUGUCCUCGUCGCUGCGCGCCGCGGUGAGGCGCCCUGGGCUCUUGCCGCUGCGUACGGCCUCUCCGACCCGCUUCGCCCGAGCACCGCCCCGAUCCUGGCGCAGCUGCAGAAGCGCGGCUUCCGCGUCGUCAUGCUCACCGGUGACAACGAGCGCACAGCCAACGCAAUCGGUAAGGAACUCGGCCUCAAGCCCGAGGACGUGCACGCCGGUCUCGGGCCGCAGGACAAGGCGGACGUAAUUGGCAAGCUGCAGGCCGAGUCGGUGCCGAGGAAGACAUGGCGGGGAACCAAGGAUGUGCCGAAUCGCGUCCUCUUCGUUGGCGACGGUAUCAACGACUCGAUUGCGCUGUCGACCGCGGCGUGCUCGGUGGCAAUGGGCCAUGGAUCGCAGAGCACCCUCGCCAGUGCCGACUUCGUCCUUCUCUCCUCCGACCUGGCGUCCAUUCCCGAUCUCCUCAAACUCAGCCGCAAGGUCGUCAACAGGCAGUGGAUCAACCUCUGCUGGGCCAUGGUGUUCAACGUCGUCUGUCUCCCCAUUGCUGCUGGCAUCCUCUAUCCCGCCGGCAUCCGUCUCAGCCCUGUCUGGAGCGCCAUCCUUAUGGCCGCGAGCUCGGUCUCUGUCAUCCUCUCCUCCCUUGCCCUCAGGUGGGGUCUGUAG